AUGGAAUCUGAUGUAUUCGGUAAGCUGGUUGUCUCUGAAGCCACCAAGUUUGUCACGAAGUACAACACGUGCUCUAAUUUGCAACUGCACUCCCAAGAACUAAGUUCUACUAACGAGAAGUUAGAGAAAACUGUACAAGGAAUUGAAACUUACGGUAUAAAUAAACAUUCAAUUAUGCAACAAAACAAUUUUCUUUCCCAAAGACAUAGUAUCGAGAGUUUGGAAAAAACUAUACAAGAAAUUCUAGCUCUUGUUACAAAACAAAACUUUAUUGUGCAAGAAAACAAUCUUCAUUGCCAAAAACUUAAUUCUAAUAUCGAGAGUUUGGAGAAAACUACUCAAGGAAUCGUAACUCUUGUUACAAAACAAAGUUCAAUUAUGCAAGAAAACAAUUUUCGUUCCCAAGAACUUAAUUCCAACCUCAACAAUUUGGAGAAAACUGUACAAGAAAUUGAAACUCAUGUAAUAAAACAAGUAUGGAAAGUCAAUAGUCUGGAAGAGAAUGUCAUAAAAAUUUUACAAUCCGUGGAGAAAACUUUGCCCGAAACGUGCGCGGAUAUAUCGGAUUGUCAAUCAGGCGUGUACCACAUUCAACCAAGGACAAGAUGUCCUUACACAUUCGAAGUGUUUUGCGAUCAGGAAUACGAAGGCGGCGGAUGGUUGGUUAUCCACAAUCGAUAUGAUGGCUCUGUUGGUUUUUAUAGAGAUUGGGAGGAAUACGAAGCCGGCUUCGGAGAUCUUCACGGUGAGUUCUGGCUGGGCUUGAAAAAAAUCCACGAACUAACGUAUGCUAAACCCCACGAGCUGCAUAUAAUACUGGAGGACAUUGAUGGGAAAGUUGUUACGGCACAUUACGACCGAUUUGUAGUAGGAGGUCCAGAGACGAAAUACGUUUUGAAGAGUUUGGGAACCUACACAGGAACUGCCGGAGAUUCACUUAGCAUCCAUGCGGGAAUGAAGUUUACGACUAUUGAUAACGACAAUGAUGCUCCAUCUCGGCACCAACGCCAUUUGAACUCCCAUGUUUCAUGCCAGCAACAAUGUACUUCGUUUUGGCGGUGUAAAUGCGCUGCGGACUAUGUUAACCUCCGCGAAGACAGCUGCAUCUCAGUCAUGCCAUCCAUUGACAAGGAAAUAACGCAGUCCUCGGACGGUGGCGAGAGUUCCGGCAGAGUCGAUAGUGGACAGCCUCCACCGGACGUAGUCGUAACUUUGGUGGAAAAUGCCCGUCCGAUUAUUUUGUAG